CUCCGUCCCUCUUUGACUGACUCCGCCAGUCGAAGCGCUUUUGUUGCUCGUCCGACAAGCCAAGGACAAGAAUCGGUCCUCGCUUUCCUUUGCUUCUCAUUGAUCCUCUCUUCUCCCCAACUCUCGGCCAUGACCGACUCCCUGUCAUCGGCAAUGUCGAAUCUCGACGUCUCCAAGCAUUCCCACGCUGCCCCCUCAGCUGAUGCCCCUUGGGCUUCGCAGCUUCCCGAGGGCAUUCUGCCCACCAAGACGCUCGUCUUCAAGCCAAAGGCUGGCAAGUCUGCUCCGGUCAAGCCCGUCGUUGUCGUCGCGCUCGAGUCGACAGACGUUGGCUCAGCCAAUGUCCUUGCAAAGGAGAUCGGCAUCAAGGAGAUGAGGGCGGCAGCCGACGAUAUCUGGAAGGACUGGUUUGGCGCAGACAAAGAGACUGCUUCCCCUCUUACCCUGUCAGCACAGAAUGCUCCUGGCGGCUCGCACCCCAUCUUCCUCGUAAUCGACUCGGCCAUCACCCUAGCCCCGGCCGGCUCAAGGCUCGCGUUCCACUCGUCCUCGAGCACAGAGUCCUCCUCCAUCCCCGCAUCAGAGUUCACAAAGUACAUCGACCACCUCAAGGUUGAGCAGAAGACGAUUGACUUUGUCGAGCUCAAGAACAAAGCGCCUGCUCCUCCGGCGAGUGCGGCGGCGGCAGGAGGAGCAGCUAAGGCAGAUAAGGCAGCAGCGCCUGCACGUGGGGCCAAGCUGUCCAAGUCGGCUGCGGUCAUUGAUGAUGCGGCCUUGGUCGGAAUUACGGUCAGGAAGGCAGGCGACUUCUCGGAGUGGUAUCAGCAGGUAUUGAGGAAGGGCGACAUGCUCGAUUACUACGACGUCAGCGGGUGCUACAUUCUCAAGCCGUGGAGCUACACCGUCUGGGAAAGCAUCCAAUCCUUCUUCGAUGGUGAGAUCAAGAAGCUUGGCGUAUCCAACUGCUACUUCCCCAUGUUCGUCUCCUCGGACGUCCUCGAGAGGGAAAAGGACCACAUUGAGGGCUUUGCGCCUGAAGUGGCUUGGGUCACCCGUGCCGGCCAGAGCGACCUCGACAAGCCUGUCGCCAUCCGUCCGACGUCUGAAACGGUCAUGUACCCCUACUACGCCAAGUGGAUCCAGUCACACCGUGAUCUCCCCCUCAAGCUCAACCAGUGGAACUCUGUAGUCCGCUGGGAGUUCAAGCACCCCCAGCCCUUCCUGCGCACUCGCGAGUUCCUCUGGCAAGAAGGUCACACGGCGCACAUCAGCCUCCAAGAGGCGGACAAGGAAGUCAAGCAGAUUCUCGACCUCUACCGACGAGUCUACACAGACCUGCUUGCCGUCCCCGUCGUGCCCGGUGUCAAGUCAGAAAAGGAGAAAUUUGCAGGCGGUUUCUACACCACGACUGUCGAGGGCUUUGUCCCCACGACUGGUCGCGGGAUUCAAGGAGGCACGUCUCACUGCCUGGGCCAGAAUUUCUCCAAGAUGUUCAACAUCUCAGUAGAAGAUCCCAAUGCCUCAGCCGACGUACGUGGCACGCCGCAAGGUCGUCUGCACGUCUGGCAGAACUCGUGGGGUCUGUCCACCCGCACCAUCGGAGUCAUGGUCAUGGUACACGGCGACGACAAGGGCUUGGUGAUGCCUCCCAGAGUGUCGCAAGUGCAGGUCGUGAUCAUCCCGUGCGGUAUCGGUGUCAAGACUACGCCUGAGGGCAGGAAGGCGAUUGAAGAUGCUUGUGCGAAGGCGGAGCAAGACUUGCUCGCUGUUGGCGUAAGGGCAAAGGCGGAUCUGAGGGAUGUGUACAGUCCUGGGUGGAAGUUCAACGACUGGGAGAUGAGGGGUGUCCCGAUCAGGAUGGAGAUUGGCCCUAAGGACCUGGAGAAGGACUCGCGCCUUCUCGUAAGACGAGACAACGGGGUCAAGGCUUCAAUCGCUGCGAGCGAGAUGGUCUCCCACGUGCCCCAGCUGCUCAACAAGAUUCACGACGACAUGUACGAGCGCGCCAAUACCGAGUACACCGCGAGGAGGAAGAAGGUUACCGAGUGGUCCAACUUCACCCGCGAGCUCAACGGCAAGAACCACGUCAUCAUCCCAUGGUGCGAGAUGGAGACGUGCGAAGACGCCAUCAAGGAGCGCUCUGCGCGUUCGUCGGAAGAGGGCCAAGACGAAGACUCUCGUGCCCCUUCCAUGGGUGCCAAGUCGCUGUGCAUUCCCUUUGAUCAGGAGCAAUUUGGGCCCAUUGAGGGCCUGAAGUGCCCGCAGUGCCAGAACGAAGCAAAGAGGUGGACGAUGUUCGGCCGAUCCUACUAGACGAGUGGCAGGGCUGAAGGGAGGGCACGGAGACAGGACGAUGUCAAUGCCCUUUUCAUGUAUUGUCAUGUGAACAAUGAACAGUGCUCAUUUCAAUGUC